AACGUGUGAUCAGCCUAGUGCUAAGUGUCAUAUUACGUUGACAACAGUGUCCGUCAUUGGCCUAUCCCUCGCACCGUUCCCCAAGCAGCGCACGUUAGAACCAACUAUGGCAUCAUCUCGUCCUCUGGACAUCGACGUCACCGUCGUCUCCGCUAAGCACCUCAAGAACGUUAACUGGAAACAUGGUGAACUCAAGCCGUACGCCAUCUUCUGGGUCGACCCGGACCGCCGGCUUGCUACCAAACCAGACGAAUCCGGCUCGACUUGUCCUGUCUGGAACGAGCGGUUCACCUUCUCCGUCAACCUUCCCCUCCACGGCUCAGUCCUCACUCUCGAAGUCUUCCAUUCCAAACCCUCCGAGACCCCCAAACCCCUGGUUGGAUCGCUCCAAGUCCCCCUCAAAGACCUGCUCGACUCGGACGAUUCCAACCGCAUCAAAACAUUCCAACUCCGCCGUCCCUCCGGCCGUCCCCAAGGCAAGAUCCGCGUAAAACUUGCCAUCCGAGAACGCCCCUCACCCCCGGCGCCCGAUUGCUAUCUUACCCCACCGGCGUCCUUCUAUUAUUCCAGUUCCCCUCCUCCACCUGCGCCUAAUCCUGGAGGAUACUCCCACCUAUCGCAUACCAUUCCUCUCCCUCCUCCGGUGCCUCAAUCGUCGUCUCCGCAUCCCUACGGCACCUUUUGCAAUCCUUAUCCUGGCUACUACGGGUACUACUCGCGGGCGCCGCCGCCGCCGCCUCCGAGGCCGUUCUUUGAUUGGUCGGCGAAUUACGGUGGGCCAUCUGCGCCGGUUGAUCAUUCGCCCUAUGAUCAGAAGCAAAUGGGGGUAAAGUACGAGGAGGCAAAUAUCAAAGACAGGGCCGAGAGUGAAUUGGGUGCUCGGGACUAUUACAAAGAUCAUCGCUUUGAUUACUAAUAAAAUUCUAGGGUUUGGGUCCCCAUGCCAGAGGUAAUAUUGAACAUCUGGCACUCAAUAUUAGCUUUCCCAUUUUAUGGCAUAUUUCUAUAUAGACUAUCUUGAUUGUGGGUAUAUCUCAGGGCCAUUGAAUGCUUUGUUGAUGAAAAGCCAUGUGAUAUGAAUGAAUGAAUGAAUAAAUGGUGGUUCUUUUGAGCAA